GUUCAAGCCUCAUAAUGGGGAAACUGAAUAUAUUUGAGAUUUCAUUUAACAAUGGAAGUGGUGUUUUUUAUAGUGGUAACAUUGUUCAAGGAUACGUCACAGUGGAAUUGACAGAGCCAAUGAAAAUGAGAGGUUUGUGAUUUUCAAAAUAAACUUUUUAAACAGGAAAAAGACAAAAAAAUACCUUGCAAGCCUGUUUAAUAGUUGUAUUACUAUUAGAUCAGUGAAUAUAUAUUACAUAUUUACAAAAAUAUUGCUGUUAAAUGUUUGACCACGAAUAGUAUCCGAUGUUUAUGUUUUAAAAACAAAGGUCCCUUCUUUUACUUUAGAUUAGUACGUCCACCUUGGCUAUGUCUAGGGUAUGAUUAAUUUCCUAAAGAAGUAUUCUAUACUAAUCUCACUCCACACUCACUCUAACAUUCAAUGACACACUAGCUCUCACUUCUAGUAAUACUAUAACUAUACUAAUAAAACAAAGGUGGUUCAGCCCACAAAUAAAUAUUUAAUUAUAAAAAUAAAAAUAAAGAAUUAUCCACAUUAGGCCUACACAUGGUACACACUUAGAUAGGAUCUCGAGCUAUACUGCCCAAUAUUAAUAAAAACUAUGUUCCGACUGGCUAUCUCGUCCACUGUAGGCUGUCCAGAUCCCAAACACACACACACAUACAGCACAAGCUACAGUCUUUGGGAUUGUGGCCUCCCUCUCUGGUCACUGGCCCUGCAUCGUAACUGGUUUCAGGUCACUCGUCCUGCGAAGCGAUAGGUGUAGACCAGUGGUUCUCAACCUUUCUAAUGCCGCGACCCUUUAGUAGAGAUCUUCAUGUUGUGGCGACCCCCAACCACAAAAUUAUUUUCGUUGAUACUUUACAACUGUAGAGUUUGUGUUUUCAGAUGGUCUUAGGUGACCCCUGGAAAAGGGUCGUGCAACCCCCACAGGGGUCGCGACCUACAGGUUGAGAACCGCUGGUGUAGACUCUUUGAUACCGGUGGCUACACACGCACACACGGCCCUCCCUCGGGUCACUGGUCACUCUGACGACUCUGUUUACCUACUAGUUCUAGGCCUAAUGACACACUGGACUGAGUGGUCUAUAUUCUACGGUAUACUAUAGCGACUGUACUAAGUUCCACUGUACUGAACUCACUAAAUUCGCUCACUAUACUGAGACUAAAGUCAACUGUAAAUGGUACUAGCUCAAGCUAACUCAAACUGUACUGGUACUAACUCAGACUCAGACUGUUACUAACUGAACUAUUAGUAAUAGUUUGACUAUCAUUUACCGAACUAUCACUAAUUCAACUAUUGCUCACUAGUUCAAAUACGACUUACUGGCUAGAAAUGAGGAUAACAAAUGCUGCCCAUAAGUGCCAGAAGACAUAGGUCAACAAUUAACAUCACAUCAUAUUAUUAUUUAUAAUCAAUCAUGCUCUAACAAUAACUAUAGUCCUAAAAUUUUCUUAAUAAAACUACAACUACAAUUCUAAACUAAAUACCGAUACACAUGGGUAGAAAAAUAAACAAUACUAACCCAACACAACCAGGAUAAACAAACUUUAACAACUAAUAAUGCCAGCCAGGCUCUACUGAUAGACUUCAGGUGAAAGAGGAGGAUAAAUGAUUAAGGCCGUCAAUAUAUACUCAAAGUUUAGCGUCUGCCCCGCUUACAAGCGUCGCAUUCCAGCAUAGCUUGGUGUCCUGCAUAGUCAUGACUCGUACUCAGAUGCGUCGCUUUCAGAGUCGCGUCUGACGCUCUGGCCGGACACUGGUCAUGGUCAAAGUGACCAGGUUAAUUUCCAUUGUUCACUGAGUCAAUGUUAUUAGUGUAAGGCCCAGCUAAAUUGCGUAAUGUCCCGUGGGGUAGCGAUGGAGAGAGUGUGAGCCAGCGGGUCUCACUAAGGUGAGGACCAGCGGGUCUUAACAAUUAUAUUUACAAAAAAAUAUACAUUUACAAAAAUAUUACAUUUACUAACUUUGAUCUCACCUUAUAAUCUGUUUCAAAAGAAAGUAUGCUGCUCUGUUUUAGAUUUUACAGAUUCUGAUGAACAGAUGCCAAGUUAUUAAUUAGUUUUCUCUUAAAUUGAAGGUUCUUUAAACAUUUUUAUUUUGAAGGAAUACGGCUGAAAUUUGAAGGUAAAGCCUACGUCCAUUGGAGUGAGAGCAAUUCCAACGCCUCUGGUAAAAACCGCGGCACAACAUCUAGGCAUUUCUCGGCCACUGAAAAAUACUUUGACCAAGAUGUCCUUUUAUUUGGAAAAUGUAGGCUACUUAAGUGAGCAUUGUACCGGCUUACAUAAUAUUUGCCUGCUAUUACUACAAACAGAUUUGGUUUUUUUUCCAUUCAUAGACUCUAGUUGUUUUUUUUCCAGUUAAAACGUUAUCUUAUACAUACACUUACACAGCUGUCUAUGGAAUGUAUAUAUUACUUUUUUUUUUUUUGUUGUUUUUUUGUUCAAGCUCAGAUUAUUUAAUAUAUUUUCCCCUUCAUUCACUGAAACCUUUACAUUAUUUUAAUUCGAUUAAUUAAUACUUUUUUUCCCCUUCUUUCCAUUGAAUACGUUCAGUGUCCGGACAAGGCAGUGACACCAAAGAGCUGCCCGCUGGAAGGCAUACAUACCCUUUUCAGUUUCAGUUGCCACAAGAUCUUCCUUCUUCGUUUGAGGCAGACAUAGGCCAUGUUAGAUAUACUGUUAGUGGCACAAUUGACAAGCCGUGGAAAUUCGAUCACAAGACACAGCGGGUCUUCACCAUCAUCAGUAUUUUUGAUCUAAAUCAGCAACCAAACACUAUGGUAAAAUCUUUUUAAAUACAAGUAAACGCUAUUUCUUACAGUGCAUGUGUAAAUAAUUCAACCUGAGGUGAAAUAAGUUUUACAUUGGGGGCCGUCCAUAAAGUACGUCACGCUCCAGAAAGGAAAGUGUAUGUAUGCCUUGCUUUCGUCAUGCCGGAAGUAUUAUUAUUCUAUGUUGUCCGCUGCAUAAUUAUGUCACUGUCCUUUUUAUGAUUUAAUCACUGGGUCAAGUUUCGCUAAUCUACCUCUAAUCCUGUGUAAAAAUAUUGCAUAAUUGGAAGAUUAUCUAAAACUUGACCUCACCUAUUGUAAAUGAAAAAGCAGCAGAUAAAUUAUGUGUAUAAUAUAAUUGUCUAGUCUAAUUUUUGCAAUUUUUGUUUUCAAAUUCAAUCUAGAUUGAGUUACUGCUUCAAUGAAUAACUGUGACAACUGUUGACAAUUAACUAUUCUACUAUUAAAUUCAUUUUAAUAUUGUGAUAGUUCUUUUAAGUGGAACUUUUUAUAUUUUAAUAAUACAGUUUAAUAGUGAAGUGUGUUUUAGAUUAAAUUUUAAUAAGUUGUUAAUUUUUUUUUAAGUUUUCAAAAGUGUGACGUCCUUUAAGGGGGGGGGGGGGUUCCGAGAUUUGGGACAGGUCUUGUUUUAUUUAGGUUGGUUUCAUGACCCCCCCCCCCCUCAACCCCAAUCUUUGUGACUGCCCUUAAAAAUAAUUUAAUUUAAAUAAUAUUCAAUUUCAAUAUAGAUCCCUGCUAAAUAAGAUACAUUCUUAUUAAAAAAAUAUUUCUGAUUGUUAUUGUAGGGGCUCAUUGAUGAAUUUCUGGAUGUAACUAGCAUGUUUUGAGUGCUGAAAAAAGGAUUUCAUUUCUAGUUCUACGGUAUUAGCUUUGUGAUUAGAUUUAUAUAUUUAUUAAACAUGUCAAUUUAAGAUGAUACAUCAUAAGUCUUUAAAGUCAUUCCAUACUUUUAUAGUCUCGACUCCAAGAAACAAAGGAGAAACAUAAGUGGUGGGGCGGUCGUAAAUCAGAGGUAACUGAGGCCACGUUUCACAUUGACAGAAGUGGUUAUGUCCCAGGAGAAGCCGUGAAGUUGUACGCUGAAAUAACUUUCAAGCCAAGCCAUACAUGGGUCAAAUCAUAUGUUGUUCUAAAAAUGGUAAUCAUUUACUUUUAAAUACAUUGCCGUAUUUAAAAACAUAAAUAAAUACAACCAUUUUGAAUGUGAUGAAUAGCUUUAACGGCGCAAGAUUGUACCCUUGAUCCUGUUAGCGCGCAUGGUACAGGAAUCGAUGAUAACAUGAAGAAUAUUCAUAUUAUUAAAAAAAUAUAUAUUUUUUGUUAAUGUAUAACUAAGACUAACAGUUUGUCCACACCAAUUACUGUGCACAAUUUAUGGCUAUGUUAAAGACAUCUGUGUUGUUUUAGUUUAAUAGUGUUACGAGUGUUCUACAUUAUAUAUUUUUAUGUUCUUGAAUAAUAUUUAAAUGGAUGAAAGCCCAAUCCUGAUAAUUACUUUUAAAAUAACUCGAUUAAAUAGUUUUGAAAACAACAAAUGUACGUCUUCAGAUAAUACCGUCGUGUUGAAAAAAGAAAGAAAGUGAUAAAUGUUAUAAUAAUUACCCUGGAAUUAGUUUAGGAUAGGAAAAUCCCAUGAGCCUGCUGCCAGGUGGCGAAAGGGUUUUACUGAAAUAAAUUUCAUCCCAUUCAUAAUAAUUUUAAAUAAUUUCUAUUUCAGUUUUGGCAUCGCUGGGUGUAAUUUUAACGUCCACGCUACUUUUUUACUUUAUUUAGGUGACAACAUUUCACGCAACAACCAAGUCGAGAACAAUAGUGACUGAAGUGGCUCGGGGUGCCCAUCCAAGGAUUACAAAUAAUGGCGAAGACAACUGGACAGGAGAGGAAUUAAUAAUUCCACCAUUGCCGCCAUCGUUCCUUGUGGGUUGUAAAAUAAUUGACAUACAUUAUAUUUUACAGGUAAGAAAAACUGAGUCGGGAUUAUUAGCUUUGUUCAAGUCAGAAGUUGGCAGCCCUAUCGUAUCAGAUAUCCUGUGCCCAAUGUCUUGCACGUCAUUCUAUGUAAUUCUUGUUACACAUGUAAACCGUUUCUAAUUGUUAAUAAACAAUUAAUUUUUAAAAAAAAUAGAAGUUUGGGGUUUUUUUUUUACCGUAAAGUCAGAAAAUAUUUGUUCCGUAUCGGGUAGUUAAAUCUUUGGGGUCCGAAAUAUAAAUAUUUGACAAAAAUUUGAUUUUUUUAUGGUACUAUUAAGUAACAGUCAUAUGCGAAAGUUAGAAGCAAUAGGAUCCAACGAAAAGGACAAUAUCUAGAAAUAUACACAUAAUACAGGUUAAAAAUAUCCCGAAUCACAUUUGAAUUACAAUAGAGAUGCAUGGUGACCAUAUCGUACCCGUUCCGUGUUAUAUAAUUGGCAAUUAAAAUUAUGUUCUUGUAAUGUUUAGAUACAAAAGAAAUCCCGUGGCUGGGUUUACAUUUUUUAAAACUUUUUUUUUUUGGAAAAAAAAAGCUUAUCCUGACCUAUAAAACCUUAACACCACAUGCCAUAAACGUCAUGUCUCCAUUCACAGCAUGAGCCUAUGCCCCGCCCCUCCACGUCACGACCAAUCGUAGAGGAUUGACUUCUCUUUUCUUUCCCUUUUUUUUUUUUGCCUGUACUUAAUCUCUCACCUAUUACUUAUUUUCUGUCACAAUUCUUUUGCUGCCCUCUUGGAUAUUAGUUCUCAGAUAAGUGCUAUUUAAAAAUUGUAUUCUGUUUUUUUCUGCUGUUUGUUCGCUGACAACGGGUUCCUGCUAACACGAUCGUUGUUGUGUUGCGUUCCUUUUUUCUUUCAGGUUUGACCAUACUUUGCUAAACUCAUUUCCUUUUUUGCUAACCUGAUUGCAGUCUCUCCCUUUAUUAACAGGUUUUAACUUGUAGCACGUAAAUCGUCUUACAUUCAGAAUCAGUGUGGGAUCUGAGGGUUAACAUACAUGUCUAGAAAUUACUACUGCACUGUCGCCCAAGUAUGCUGUCUAUCUAAGAUGCACCCAUAGCAGGACAGCUACUACUAAAGUGUUAUUACGUGUAACAACUGUUAGUUUGAUAGUUGUUGUACUGGUAUCAAUCAAUAGCUGUGUCUUUUUAAGUUUAAAAAAAAAAAGCAAUUGCAGGAUGUCUAAUUAUUUGAUACAACAGUUAAGAUCAUUUCCCAUAUGAGAAUUUAGCACAUGGCAGGUUAGUUACUACACAUAUUUUACUUAUAGUUGCUGGUUGAAUACUGUCGUGUCAAUCGCUUAUAAGCACAUUGCAGUAUGUGUAACCAGAACGAUACAACGGUUAGUAUUAUGCUCACGUACACACGCAUCUAAUUCCAUGUUAGAAUUCAGUGGACUGCUGUCUCUUCAAACAUUACAAUAUUUUUACUUUUUAACCUUGAUAUUCCUUUAAAUAUGUUUGGUUAGUCUUAAAAACUAUGUACCUUUAAUUUAUAUUCUUAGUUGAAUGUUGAACCAUCCGGACCUGACUUGCAUCUUGAGGUACCCUUAGAGAUUAUUAUUGGUACUAUACCUCUUAGAUCUGUUGUAGACAAGCAUCCUCCAAUGCCACCACCCAAUUACAAUUGUGCCAACAUGUACGCAUUGGAGACUACCCCUACAGCUCCUCCUGCUGAAAUGUUAUAUCCUCUUCCACCACCAAGUGACCUGCCUAAUUUGCGUAAGUAGGAGUAGUAGUAGAAGAAAUUGAUUUUUCGUAUGGAAGAUUCCCCAUAUGAACAUUGGUAUGGUUGUAAGCAGAUGUUGAUAUGAGUUUCUUAUCUACUGUAUAUUCUAAACUUAAGAAAAAAAAACAGUUUAUAACCUAUUUGGCCAUUGUCCAAGUUUUUAUGAAUGAAUUUAAUUAUAUUUAGCUAUUUCUGCUAAUGAAAUCGGAACAGCGGAGAGAUAUUUUGCCCAAAUAUGAUGUGCCAAGUAUGAUGUAUUUGUACUAUAAUGUGCACUUCUUCUGUAAUAUAACAAGUGAAAUUUCUUGACAGUCAAAGUCAAUGCACAAUGAAAUUUAACAAAUAAAUUUAACUUAAAUGUGUAAAUAUUUACUUUUUUAAUGACUAAUAGUGCCCCUAUUAAAUGUUGUUAUCUGUUUUAGCAUUAUAUUUAUAUAUAUGUUAGUUGUUUUCUCAAUUAUGCAAUAUUUUUGACAAUUAUGUUUAAAAAUAUAAUUUUUGUCAUCACACAUUAAAAAUGAAAAUUAUGCCUUAAGUUACUCAAACUUCUCUAUUUCAGCUCCACCCUCUUACAAUGAGUGCAUUAAUGUUCGCUUAUAAGACACAUGAAGAAGGUGAUAGUAAGCAUACCUGAGGUAACGCAGAAUAUGCACCUGUUUACACUUGCUAUACCUGGGGUCACAAUGAAAAUAAACUUCACAGACAAAAAUUAAAUAAAUAUGCAUUAUGCCUUCAGAUAACUUGGAUCAUGUUAAUUAUCUGUGAUUUAUUAUAUUAUUUUUCAAUCCUUAUACUGCAUAUUAGUUUCAUACUAUCUAACGUAAUGGUUUUUAUUUUAUUUAGGCUAAUUUUGUUGUUAUGUCUUGAUUGUGUUUACUCAUUGUGUAAAUUAUGCAUACUUUUAAUAUUGCUUUACUAUUAUUUUUAUACAGUUG